AUGGAAGAUGGGUUCAUGCCUGGAGUAGCUUCUGUGGUCCCUGCUCCUAGUCCUCCGCUCUUAGAGGAGAAUGUUUGGGAACCCCCUAUUGUGAAUGCUCCCUAUAAUGAAGGGAAUACUCUGAAUGCUAACGAGACUGUACCAGAUAUUCCCAUUCAUCUGGUCAUUGACAUGGAGAAUAGUCUUGAAAAACAUGUUGAGAAUCUGAAUAAUUUGGUCCUCCAUGAAGGGCCUAUUGUACUCAUUAUGGAGUAUGCCAAAGCCCAUGAUGUUGUGCACUCUCUCUUUGAGAAAGGCCAAAUCCCUAUUACUGAUGUUCAAGAUGUCUUUGAUACGGAUAUGGAGAUGGAGGAUAGUGGGAGUGCCAAACCUCUUGUUGACCCUGAUUACAAGCUGGUUGAAGAGGAUGAGAAGUUGGUUGAGCAGUCUAUGGAGGAUAUCAAGAAUAACAUUAAGAAUUUGGUCGACAUAAGCAAGGAGUCCAUGAGAAAUAAUAUGGAGGGGCUGGAAAAGAUCAAUGCCAUGGUGGCCAAAUACAGAUUUAAUCCUAUUGACAAUGUCUAUCCUGGUGACACUAACAAAAAGAAAGAACUCGGUGGUGAAGACUCUCCUAGCUUUGCUCUUUCUUCGGCAACUGCAUACGGAGGCAGAACAUGGGUCAACAAUCUGCAAUCCGGACAUUUCUUGGCACCAUCAUAUUAUGCAGAUGCACUCGUCAGGCCGAUUCUUCUGACCAGUAAUAUCUCAUAUAAUGAUAUGAAUCUGCAGUUUGGAUGCGGAUUCUUCUGCUAUAGUCGUCCUUGUGACACAGGCUACCUGUUUGCAACCUUCUUUGUUAUCUACGAAGAUAAUGGUAUACUGGCUGACAUGCAAAUGGUGUGGAGUUCAAACAGAGACCAGAUGGUGCAAAAAAACGCAUCCCUAACACUCACCACUACCGGAGAACUUAUGUUGAAGGAUUCAUAUGGCACACUCGUCUGGUCUACAAAUACGUCCAGCCACGAUUUUCAAGGAAUGGAGAUACAAGAAUCUGGGAGUCUUGUUCUGUUUAACACCUCCGGUGGAAUCAUGUGGCAGUCUUUUGAUCAUCCCACUGAUACGGUGCUGUCAGGGCAGAAGUUCAAGGUGGGCCAAAAUCUUAUUGCAAACACUUCUCCUACUAAUACAAGUCAAGGUAUUUUCCACUGUUCCUUAUCUAUCCGCAGCUUCGUUAUGCUUAUAGGCCUGGAAACCCCUCAAAUAUAUUAUAGAUAUCCUGAUCCUCCUUCAUCCGUGGAGUUGUCUUACAUCCAGUUUGACAACGAGUCUUUCUAUAUGCCGCCAUUAGGGAAAAUUAGUAUGCCCAACGGUUGCCUCUACUUUAAGAUUGAUUCAUACGGGCAUCUGCAGUUUUAUUCAAUCAUGAAGACCAUAGGAAGAUCUACAGUUGAGUAUUUGUCAACCAUUUCAAAUAGUCUAGGCCUCUGCGACUAUCCAACUCCAUGCGGAAGCUAUGGCGUCUGCAGAGAUGGGCAGUGUAGCUGUCCAAAACAGGGCAAUUAUUUUGUUCAAAUUGACGCCACAAAGCCCAAUUUAGGCUGCCUUCUCCACAGACCUCUUGUAUGUUCGAAUAUAUCUAGACGCAGUAACUGUGCUCGUGGUCAUCACCUUUUAGAGCUGGAGCAUACUUCGUAUUUUACUUAUAGUUACAAUGAUCCAUCCAUUCCACAGUUGGUCUCACGGGAUUACUGUAAAAAUCUUUGCCUUGCAAAUUGCUCUUGCAGAGCUGCAUUUUUCAGGUAUGGUUCAAACUUUUCUAGUGGUUAUUGUUACCUGGAGUCCAAUGUCUACUCUCUGAAAAUGAGUACUCAAAAUGAUGUAUUUUACAACUCCACUGCUUAUAUUAAAGUUCAGUCAAGGCCUAAGCAGAUUAAGCAUUUGGUUAUAGUUAUCAUUUGUACUGCCAUUGGUGGAGUGUCUCUCCUGUUUCUUCUUUUGUGUACAUGGAUAAGUAAACGUAGAGAAAGCAGUAAGGAAAAGGAUGAAGAUGAGGACAAGGGUGCAGAUUGGCCGGCAGGCUUGCCUAUGCGCUAUUCAUUCCAAGAAUUACAGAAUGCUACAAUUGAAUUUAGUAAAAAGUUGGGAAGCGGAGGAUUCGGUUCAGUUUAUGAAGGCGUCUUGCCUAAUGGCUCAAUGAUAGCAGUGAAGCGUCUUGAUGGAGCAGGUCAAGGGGAAAAGGAAUUCAAGGCAGAAAUGGAAACUAUAGGAAAAAUUGACCAUCUUAAUUUGGUAAGACUAAAGGGAUUUUGUGCAGAAAAGGCCUAUCGGAUGCUGGUAUACGAGCAUCUACCAAAUGGGUCUCUGGAUCGAUGGAUAUUUUCCAAAAAUAUGCUGGACUGGAAGACUAGAUACAAAGUAGUUCUGGAUAUUGCAAGAGGAUUAACAUAUUUACAUGAAGAAUGUCGAGAACAGAUAAUACACUUCGACAUCAAGCCUCACAACAUUCUCCUCGACCAACAUUUCAUUGCGAAGAUCUCAGAUUUUGGCUUGGCAAAGUUGAUUGACAGAGAGCAAACUGAAGUGAUAACCCUGCUGAGAGGUACACCAGGGUAUAUGGCGCCUGAGUUACUAAACAUGCAUUUCACAGAAAAGGCAGAUGUAUUUAGCUUUGGCGUUGUGGUGGUAGAAAUUGUCAGUGGAAAAAGAAGCAGAGACCUUUCAGAUAACUGCUUGUUUUCAGUCUUACAAGUUAAAGCAGAGGAGGGGAGGUUAAUAGAUUUGGUAUAUGAGGGAUUUGUGGAUGCUGAAACAAGCGUAAGAGAGGAGGCAGUAAAAUUGAUAAAAGUGGGAAUGUGGUGUGUACAAGAGGAUUUUACGAGGCGGCCAGCUAUGUCGACUGUGGUGAAGGCGUUGGAGGGUAUAAUAGACACGAUGGAUGAUGUUCCUUCCUCGAUUGCAGGAUUCAAUCCUAGUUACGAAACGGAGAUCUCCUAUGCUCUUCUACCUUCGGAGCUAUCAGGACCUAGAUAG